CAAAGCCUUAGCUGAAGCAAAUAGGCCAGUACGCGUAUUCUUUACAACUUUAAGCACUCCACCCCUAUCGUUAGCGAUAAUGAUGCCGUCCAAGUUAAUUUAGACUCUUGUGGGCCGAAACUGAAAGAAGGAAGGCAUUGACAAACGACUGAAUCGCAGAUCAUACACACGUAUAUUGCUCAGGAUACUUUUCCUUACCCAGGUCAUUCUCAACCCCACCGUCAAUGAUCUUCACUUGACAGUUGUCGAUUCCCUUUUCUCCUUUUCUCGUACAUAUGUGACUGGGUUACUAAUCUGUCUUGUGGUCAAAUGGCCGUAUACACGGAUAAAGGUCACUUGAAACAUUAAUUUUGUGUUAGUGCCAGCCGCACUGCUGUACCAUCAUGGCCUUCACACCAACAUCCUUCCGUGGCCUCCCACCAUUUCCCUUUCAUAACCAAAUGCACAUGCAGGCCAUGGCCGCGGCGGCGGCGGCCCAUGCGGCCAAUUCGGGAAUGAUUCCUACGGUCGCACCCGGCCUUGGUCUUGGUUUGUCCGUACAACAGAUCGCCAAAGUGUGUGAAGCGUUGGAGGAGAGUAAUGAUAUUGAACGGCUAGCUCGCUUCCUCUGGACACUGCCAUUGUAUAACAACGCCAGCCCUCAGGCCAUGGAAGUGCGGAAACACGAAUCGGUCCUCCGUGCUCAAGCCAUUGUUCUCUUUUACAGCGGAGAUUACCGGAAUCUCUAUUAUUUGCUGGAGAAUCACCGCUUCAGUAAGGAACAUCAUCAGAAAUUGCAGAGUAUGUGGAUGGAAGCGCAUUAUCUGGAUGCGGAAAAGUUGCGCGGACGACCAUUAGGCCCGGUCGAUAAAUACCGGGUGAGGAAGAAGUAUCCGCUGCCGAAAACUAUCUGGGACGGCGAACAGAAGACGCACUGUUUUAAGGAGCGGACAAGAAAUUUAUUACGGGAAUGGUAUCUACAGGAUCCCUAUCCUAAUCCACAGAAGAAAAAGGAACUGGCCCAUGCCACCGGCUUGACACCCACCCAAGUGGGCAACUGGUUUAAGAACCGCAGACAGCGCGACAGAGCGGCCGCAGCCAAAAACAAGUUGCAUGGGUCACACAUGGAUCGCGGCAUGUCCGUGUCCUCGGACGCCGACGACUGUAACAGUAAAGAUAUGGACGACUGGCCGGAUGACGACAAGCUCCAGAAGAAAUCUCCUUCCCCGCCAUCGCCUUCCAACAGUAUCCAACUGGCCUCCUCCACACAGCUUCCGCCAAUGCAUCCCUUAGGCCCGCCACCUUUUCUUUUCAGUCCACAUCUAUUUGCCAGUCACUGUGCCAUAAAUCCCGUCAAACCCGACGUUAGCGAUAUACUAUCGACAAUGCCGGUGCAUAAUUCUGAAGUGUCUUCAACAUCGGCGCCCAACCAUUUCACUCCAUAUCACCAAUCAGAGCAUCGACCCGAUUCCCCACAGAGUUUCAUUUCCACUGCAUCGACCCAAAACAAUCAGCGCAGCCGCAGUCGAUCGCCGGCACCGCAGCCCCUACCAAACACCGGAGAUGCACCCGCAUCCGAUUCAAACAGCACUUGUAUCGAUUUAAGUAUGAAUGAGAAAGCUAAAUUCCGUUCAGGCCGUCGAAUAUGAUUGCCGGUGACCCCGUGCCAUGUGCACCUAUUCAUCCGGUCGGCAGAAGGAAAGACUAAAGGUCACCGAUCAACUGGUUGGCCAUAUGCAAAAGAGUAGCGCGUGACGACUGAAUCAAAGAUGAUUACGAUGCGAAAUCCAGGUGCAUGUAUUACCAUUGUUCAGAAAAUAUAUUGGUUGUUUAAUUUUAAUCUGCAUUCAGCUCCAUCAAUAACAUUAUAUUUGCCGUAUAAACUAUUAUCUGCAUUCGGUUAACUGUGGCCUUUUGUUACAAUUACGAAGCGCAUCGCUGAAUAAUUAUAAUGUUACCGACUCAUUCAUACGGUGGUUGAUAGUUACUAUUUCUUCCUAUCUUCCGUGUACAAUGUACUACAACUUAUAAAAAGCGUUGCUGCCAGCAGUUGCAUUAGUUAUUGAAUUCACGCAUUAUAUGUACACUUUUAACUGUUGCUAUUCUUUUAAGACGAUUGAAAUGGAUGAGAUA